AUGGCUCUUCCCGCGAAAUCCCUGGCUUCUGCCGCCGCUAAUGGACUUCGUUUGGUGUCAGUUCGCAACUCGAGCUCGCAGCCGAAGGUAUUUUCAAUACCAUGUUGUACAUGAACCCCAUCAUUUGUGGUUGGUAAUAUAUUUCAAACUCUCGCUUUCUAAUAAGUAGUUUCUUGGCGCGCUUUUUUGAUUAUAUCAACUUGUAUAGCAAAAAAGAAAGCUCAUAAUGCCGCGUUCAAAGCUAAUUUGACGCGCGCAAUGAAACAGUUUUUCUGGUUCAAAGCACGAGCCGAAACGCAGCAGGUUCCCACUGCGUGAUUGGACGGCUCCGCCUUUUUGGCAAAUGUCCAAUAUAAUUUUUUUUAAAAAGACCAUUUACAUUAGUUAAUCUUUUUCAGAAACGCUUGUUCAAGGCUGCCGGUCGUAUUGCGGUGUUUUAGAUAGGUUUUCGGUAAUAAAAAGAAAAACUUGUGUACUUUUGUGACAAAGCCCAUCUUGUUAUCUCUAGAAAUAGGUACUUAACAGAUUGCAAAACAAGUUUUUUUUUUUAUAUUCUUGCUCCUAAACCAAAGAAGCAGUAUUGACCGGCGUCGUAGUUCUGUCUUAAACAUGCGUUUUUUCUUCACUUUUUUUGUGAUUGCUGAACAACUUAAAAGGGCAGAAAUUUGCAGGUCGCUCUCUUGGGUGCCUCUGGAGGAAUCGGUCAACCUCUUGGACUUUUGUUGAAGCAGGAUCCCCUCGUAGCACAUCUCGCAUUGUACGAUGUCGUCAACACUCCUGGCGUUGCUGCUGAUCUUUCGCACAUCGACUCCAAAGCUAAGGUUCCUUCUAACCUUAAUUUUUGUCAAAAACAUUUUAAAACUUUUUUCCAAUAAUAUUUUUCUUUUGUUCUGAAUGUAUAAUUUUUAAGGUCACUGCUCAUACUGGAGCUGCUGAGCUUCACGCCGCUGUAAAGGACGCCGACGUCAUCGUGAUUCCCGCCGGAGUCCCGCGCAAACCAGGAAUGACCCGUGACGACUUGUUCAACACCAACGCCGGCAUUGUCCGCGACCUCGUUGAAACCAUCGCUAAGGCGGCUCCCAAGGUUUUUUUUGUUUAAGUUGGACAAUCAUUUAAAGUUUAAUCAAGAAUCGAACUAAAAAAGCUUCACUGUAAUAGAAUUUGUGUACAAAAAAUUAUCCGAUUUUUUUUAUAAGUGUGCUUUUUUUCUAAUUUUAGUGAAAUUUGGAAACUUCUAUAGGAUGGUAUUUACUUUUGUGGCGUGUUCAUCGGACAAACCUAGAAUUGCUUCGAAACCCCAAAAAUUUGCUCUAAAACAAAAAUUAGGACUUUUUUGGAGCAACUUUGACGCGCCGAUGAACACGAUUUUUUUUGUUUUGAAGCAUGUUCCGUUUCUCUAAUGAGUACGCCAUUAGUUUUGCUCUUUUCGUUGAAUUAACUGAUCCAACAUUUUUUGGAAGAAAAAUAAAUGAAUAAAAACCCUGAUUUCUGAUAAAAUUUGAAUGUUACCCUUUUUUUUUGGAGAAAAUUUUUUUUCGAAUUUUCAUUUGCCGCUAGCUUUCAAUAUUAGUUAGGGCUUUCUCUUAUAAUCACACUUUGAUGAAUAUUUUUCAUCCCAUUGAAUUAUUUUUCUAAAUUCUAAUUUCCACAAAAUACUUGAGUAAUUUCACUCUUCACAGGCUCUGAUCGCUAUCAUCACAAACCCUGUCAACUCAACCGUCCCCAUUGCCGCAGAAGUUUUGAAGAAGAACGGCGUCUACGACAAACGCCGUCUUUUCGGAGUCACCACCCUCGACGUCGUUCGUUCCCAAGCUUUCGUCGCCGAACUCAAGGUUAUUUGUUUUCUAUUUUUAUUCUUAAUUUAUCCGUGAAAAGCUUUUCUCUUUAUUAUUUCAAGUAUCAAAACGAUUUUUGUAGUCUUUUUUGCUCCGACUGCUACGAAUUUGUAGCCUCUACCUGCACCAGUUAGAGAUAAGAAGUUGGAUUGCACUCAGGCUACGUUUAAACUUUGAUCUUUUCAUCACGUUUCCCAAUUUAUUGAGAAAGAAGGACUUUGAGGAGUUUUUUUCUGAAUUUGUCAUCGCAUUUUUUUUUCCUUUUUCUUUUUUUUGGAAAACUGGUUCCCUCUAUGAUUUUCCUGUUGUUUGUUUUCGGGUUUGAGUGAUCCUUUUCGAUUUUUGAUUCUAGUGUUGUGGAGCGAACUCUUAGUAAAAGGCCUAACUAAAAAAUUUGCCUAAAAUCUUCAAAUUUCUAAAAAUAUUCCUUGAAAUUUUCAUAAACAUGAAAAGACUCGUGCAAAGAAUUGUAUGCUCUUACUAAAACUAUUUUUGGAAGUAUUUCUUGAUUCAUUUUUCUUAGUUGAAGAUGCUAACAGCAUAAACACUUUGUGACUUUUUCCGGGUCAACUGCAUGUUCAGAACAAAAUAAGGUGGUUGGCAUUUGAACGUAGUGAGCGAGGAAUAGUGAAGAAUGAGAGAGUGCGAUACGAUCAGAUAGAAACCAGAUAGACGUUUGUUCCUCUCAGGAAACAUUUUUCAGGGUCUUUUCAUUUUACCCUCAAAGAAAAAAAGAUCGACUGCGGCGUGCUCAGAACGCAUUUCUAAAAUCUUUUUUUUUACUCGAAGAGGGUUCAUGUGAUCGAAUUGAGGGACACGAUGCUACUAAGACGGUUGUUCCUGUUGUUGGCGGACAUGCCGGUAUCACCAUCAUUCCUCUUCUAUCCCAGGUUUUCUUUCUAAUUUCAAUAGUUUUGAAAAUUAGCAUCGUGUAGACCAAGCCGUCGACAAAAUUCUCCGAUGAGGAAAUCGCCAAGUUGACUCCCAGAAUUCAAGACGCUGGAACUGAAGUCGUCAACGCCAAGGCUGGAGCUGUGAGCUGAUAAAGUUUUUUUUUUCAUAAAUGAAAUGUAAUAUAGGGAUCUGCCACUCUGUCGAUGGCUCUCGCUGGCGCUCGUUUUGCCAACGCUCUUGUUCGUGGAAUAAAGGUGCAUAGAGCAUCAUAUAAUUGAUAUCCUCUCCAAAUCUUCAUUCCAGGGAGAUAAGAACGUACAGUGUGCCUACGUUGAGUCGGACGCUGUCAAGGGAGUUCAGUACUUCUCGACUCCCGUUGAGCUCGGACCCAACGGAGUUGAGAAGAUCCUCGGCGUUGGAAAAAGUACUUUUUUAUUUCAAUAGUUUUGAAGGAUUUUUUUCGAGUAUUGUUUUUUUACUUUGAAAAUGUCGAACUCGAUAUUUUUGUGCUUUCAUUUAAUAAUUGAAUAUUUGCAGGUGACCAGUUAUGAGCAGAAGUUGAUUGACGCUUCCGUUGCCGAGCUCAACAAGAACAUUGAGAAGGGCGUCGCUUUCGUCAAGGGGAAAUAA